GUGUUCAUGGCUUAUCUUAUACUCGAUUACUAUAUAUAUUUUGAUGAUAUGCACAGAUAGACCAUCGUGUGCAUUCUUCAUUUUAGUUUAAUUUGUUGCAUGAUGGCUCAACAAAUUCCAGAUCCAACUAUUAGUGAAGACCGUGUUUCUGAUCAAAGACCUGACGGAUACCCGCCGUGUCAUGUGGAACUUUAUUCACGUCGUCCAACCUUUGGAGCAACAAUUAUACUCGUGCUCAGAAAAAGAAUCAUUCUUGCGUCCAGAACGAUUUCUUAUGUGUUUACACCGUUGCAGCACCUGAAACGUUCAAAUUCUGAUUCUGCCCUAUGGGAACUGGACCGUUCAACACGUGUAAAUUCUAGCUGGACCAGGAUAUGCUUGGAAGACAUAAUUGAACAACAGUUAGGUUCAGAUGAAAAUAAAAUAGUUUGCUACCGCAUUUAUCAGAAUCCACACAAGCAGAAAGUGCCCGUUGUGGUGUGUGAAGAAAAUGAUGAAGAGGUUGAAAGCUACUCAAAAGAAGUUCCGUUUUUUGUAAUGCUGUUAAUGAUAAGUGUUUGGGCCUGGCUGCUGACGGGUCGGCGGGAAACAAUAACAAUAGGAGGCUCGGUGGUUGAAAUGCUGAGUUUUAUGGUGUUUGUUUCGGGCGCGGCUUUAACGAUUCUGUUUGGAGAAAGAUUCAGUCACAUCCACGGCGCUAUCUUCAUCUCAUGGGCCGUUCUUAUGCACGUCGGAGUUGAUCAUUCAAUCAGUUUGCUAUUCCUCGCCAUACUCGCUCUCUUCUUCGGAGCCUCUCAUGCACUUACCUCCUUCAUUACACACAACAAUAACCAAAUCCAACAACACAUCCUUCCGGAGGCCUCUCUUGAUCUGCAAGCCAUUACAUGCUACUCAUGAGUUCUAAGCAUUAUAUGUCACGUUAGUGACAUAUA